CGAAACUGAACGCAGCAGAUCACCAAGUCAAAGAAAACAAAACUUGCGUAGCAUUCGACAUGGAGGACUACCAGUAUCCAGUCACCGUCACGGGCGAAUGGGGCUCUAACCCCCCGAAAGUGAUAAAGAACAAACUACAGAUAUACUUUCAGAGCAAAAAGAAGUCGGGCGGCGGAGACUGUCACGUUGAGUUUACCGGCCGAAGCGCUACUGUCCGCUUUAAAUCCGAAGACGCCAGGGAAAGAGUCCUUGCGAAAGAAGACCACGAACUCGCAGUAUCAGACGAAACGAAACUGCGACUUUCUCUGUGCGCGGAAUACCCACAAGAGGCGGUUCCUGGGGCGGGAGUGGAUGACAGUAAAACUGCAGAAUCAGGUGUGCCGGAGGACAUACAGACUGACUCAGUGGAACAUGGCCAAGCCAUAGCUGUGCUGUUGGAGAACGUGCCGGAAAAGCUAACCAGAGAGCUCCUGGGCUUGACGGUGGAGAACAUCUGCAGUGUUUCUGAGCGGGACUACUCUCUGGAAGUGAUUCGGGAUGUGAGCGCUGCCGUGGUAACCUUCAUCCACCCUGCUGCCGCAGAGCGGUUCCGGUCUAGGUGUGGUGGGCACAGCCGGCUCCAGCAGUACCAGCUGCGCUGCCGGGUUCUGGAGCCCAGCUGCAGUGUGUGGGUGGAGGACCUGCCCCCCCAGGCGGAGCCGGAGGUGCUGGAGCUCUACUUUGAGAAGGACCGCGUGGCGGACAUUCGGCUGAUCCCAGAUCAACAGGCCGCCGUUGUCACGUUCCAGGACCCCAAAGCUGCAGAGGCCGUGCUGCAGAGGACGCACCGUAUCUACAGAGUGCCGGUGAGGGUGUAUCCGUACGAGCCGGACCUGCGCACGCCGCUGUACGGCCCGGACCGGCCCGAGUGGCAGCUCCCCGAGCCCGUCACCGAAAGCCUGCACCCUGCCCUGGGGAACUUCCUGCUCCUGGAGGACCAGCAGACUGCCAUCAGCGCUUCGAUGCGCACGCUGUUCUGCCAGGUGGAGCUUAGCUCCGCCCACGCCAAGCUCCGCCCACUGCCGGGCCUGCUGAAGCAGCCGGGCUUGACGGCCAAUCGCAUGGAGGCCUGGAGGGGCGAGGCCGCGCGGGCGUUCCGCGACGCUUUGGCCCGCUACCGCUGCAUCGAGUGCCCCGUCAGCGCGGGCGUGUGGAAGGAGGCGGAGUCUGAGAUCCGCCAGGCGGUGGGCAAGCGCGCCAUUCUGCUGCCAAAUCUGCCCAGUGGGGCGGUGGCCAUCGCUGGGCUGGCAGAAGAGGUGGAGCGGAUCCAGGGGUCGGUGGAGCGGAUCGUGCAGCGGGCGGCCGCUCGGCUGGAGCGGGAGAGGGACGGGAUGUCGGAGGAGAUCGUCCUGUCCCCGGGCGUGCACCACCUCCUGCAGCAGGCCGGCCUGGGCCCCGCCGCCCAAAGGUACCCCGGCCUGAGCGUGAGCUACAGCAGCGAGGCGGGCCGGCUGGUCCUGCGGGGGCUGCCCGCGGAGGUGCUGGCGCUGAAGAGCUGGGUCCUGGAGCGGAGGCUGGAGAUGAGGCAGCGGCCGGUGGAGCUGCAGCCGGAGCUUCUGGCCUUCCUGAGCGAGGCGGGCUGCGAGGAGCUCUCCCGCCAGCUCUUCAGCGCCGGCGGCGUCGGCGCCAUGUGCCAGGUGGAGAGCGAGGGGCUGGUGCUGCUGGGGGCGAGUGAGCAGGCGCUGUCCAAAGCGGGCCGGCUCCUGCAGGAGGCGCUGGGGUGCGAGAGCGUGGAGCUGGAGGACGAGGCGGUGCUGCUGACGCCGGAGUGGGCGGAGCUGAGAACGCGGCUGGCGGGCGUGCGCGACUCGGCGGGGCGGAGCAGGCUCUGCAUCCAGCCAGGCCGACGGGGGGGCGUGAGCGUGGCCGGGUUUCGGCGGGAGGUGAAGGAGGCGACCGAGCGCCUGGCCGAGUUCCUCAAAGAGCACUCCCGCACCGAAGAGGCCGUCCCCCUGCGAUCGAUCGCCACCCUCAUCUUCCUCCGGGACCACAAGGCUUCCGCCUGGAGGAGGCAGGCGGAGGCUGAGGGGGUGCGCGUGCGCUUCCAGCGGGGGGGCCGACAGGGGGGCCCGCGGGUGGUGCUGGCCGGGGCCCGGCUCCGGGUUCAGGGCCUGAAGGGCCUCUUUUCCCAGCUGGACUCCGCCCUCUUCACCGACCAGCUGACCGUCGUCAAACCUGGGGCCCGCAAGUACUUCCUGGAGGAGAAGCUGUCCUCCGUCCUAAUGAAGGAGAAGGACUGCCUGGUGGUGCUGCAGGAUGAGGGCAAGCAGGAGGAAGAGGAGGAGGAGGAGGGUGGGGGUGCGGAGUGCGUGCAGGUGGAGACGGAGUCCGGUGUGCUGGUGACGGUGGGCCGGGCGGACAUCACGCGCUUCGCGGGGGACGCGGUGGUGAACGCCGCUAACGAGGACCUGCGGCACUACGGCGGGCUGGCGGGGGCGCUGCUGGAGGCCGCCGGGAAGGCGCUGCAGGACGCCAGCGACGCGUAUGUCCGCGCCCACGGCCCACUGCGCCCCGGAGACGCCGCCAUCACCGCCGCCGGCCGCCUGCCCUGCAGGCACGUGGUGCACGCCGUGGGCCCGCGCUACUCCAGCUCCGACCCCGCCCGCUCCGUGGAGCUGCUGGACCGGGCCGUGAGGCGCAGCCUGGCGCUGGCCGAGCGGCACGGUUGCGUCUCCAUCGCCCUCCCGGCUGUCAGCUCGGGGAUAUUCGGCUUCCCACUAGAGCGCUGUGCCGACACCAUCGCCCGAGCCGUGCGGGAGCACUGCCAGGAGCGCCGCCCCGCCUCGUCCUCGCUCGCCAAAAUACACCUGCUCAACAACGACGACAGAACCGUCCGGGCCAUGGCCCAGGCCGUGAGGACCAUGUUCACCGACAUGCGCCCCCAAGCGCUGUCCCAGCCCAGGAAGUCCCCUGGGCCUGAACGGAAGAGAGAGAGGACCGCCCCGCGAGCUGCAGAAUGGAACAGUCCCCCUGAGAGGCCCUGGAUCUCUGCUGACCACAGCUGGGAUAAACCAUCUGAGAGCAGGGGGGAGCUGGAGACAAAGCACACUAAAGAGGGCCUGCUGAUAGUCCUCAGGAGAGGAAACAUUGAGGAUGCUGCAACGGACGUGAUUGUGAACACGAUCUCUGCGGACCUGGACCUGAGUAUGGGUGCGGUCUCCAAGGCCCUCCUGCAGGCCGCGGGCCCGCAGCUCCAGGGCGCGGUCAGACGGCAGGGCGGGGGCGGGGGCGGGGGCGUGGCCGAGUACGGGGCCGUCCUGCACACGGAUGGAUUCCGCCUGAGCAGCGACAUCUUCCACACCGUCUGUCCGUCCUGGGACAGCGGGCUGGGCAAGGCCCAGGAGAUGCUGAUCCGCAUGGUGAAGGUGUGCUUGAUGGAUGCAGAGAAGCAGAGGGCCAAGUCUCUGGCCUUCCCUGCCAUCGGCACCGGCAACUUGGGCUUCCCCAAACCGCUGGUGGCCAAAAUCAUGCUGUCGGAGGUCCAGGCCUUCAGCCACAAGAGGGCCCCCAGGCACCUGCGGAAAGUGGUGUUCAUGGUGCACCCCAGUGAUGCCCAGUCUGUGGAGUGCUUUGUGAGGGAGUUCAGAGGUCAGGCUCCUGGACACAGAGGACCCAGCAGACCCCCUUCCAGCCAAUCGCAACAGGAUAAAUUCCAUGCUGGCCAAUCACAGCGAGCCUUCUUUGGCCUGGUCUCCAGCCCCACCCUGGGGGUCCACAGCAUGAAGAUCGGUCACCUGACCCUGGAGGUCUUAUCGGGCGAAAUCACCAGGCAGGCCACUGACAUCAUCGUGAACUCCUCCAAUGACACCUUCUCCCUGAAAACAGGUGUGUCUAAGGCCAUUCUGGAUGCAGCUGGCCCAGAUGUGGAGGAUGAGUGUGCACAGUUAGGCUCCCAGCCGCACACUGGGCUGAUUGUGACUCGGUCUGGGAACCUGCGCUGUGAAAACAUCAUCCACACUGUGGUGCAGAGCGACCCGGCCAAUAUCAGGGGUGUGGUUCUGCAGGUGCUCCAGGUGUGUGAGCAGAUGAAGGCUUCUUCUGUAGCCUUCCCCGCGUUCGGCACAGGUCAGGGUGGAGUUAGCCCCCCACUGGUGGCAGAAGCAAUGAUCAGUGCUGUGGCAGACUUUGUGAAGAAGAAGACUGGCCGACAUUUGAAGUCUGUGAAGAUCGUUAUUUUCCAGCCAGAGAUGGUGUCUGAUUUCCACAAGAGCAUGAAGAAGAGGGAGGGCGGGGACCUGCCUGUGGAGAAGAAUAUUAUUACUAAAGCGAUAGAAAAGGUCAGCAGCUUCUUAAUGCCUGGGGGCGGAGAGAGCAGGAAUGAGGAGGAGCGGUUUGUGUUGAAGAGAGAGGGGUUUGCAUCGGAGAGGGAGGGGUUUGCGUCGGAGAGGGAGGGGUUUGCGUCGGAGAGGGAGGGGUUUGCGUUGGAGGUGGAGGAGUUUUCUCCGGCGGUGUUUGAGCUGUGUGGAGAGAGCUCCGGGGCGGUGUGGGGGACCUGCGACGAGCUGAAGCGCCUCCUGAUGAAGGAGCAGACGGAGCAGAUCCUGCGCGACCCGGGCGUGGCUUUGCUGACCCCGCGGCACCGCCACGCCCUGCAGGGGCUGCAGAGGAGGCUGACCGUGCGCAUCCAGCUGGAGAGCCAGAGCGGCCUGCCCUGCGUGCGCCUGGAGGGCCUAACCCGCGACGUGCGCACCGCCGAAUCCUGUGUGCGGCGCAUGAUCCGCGAGGCGGAGGAGGCGGAGGAGGCGGAGAGCCGCAGGAGGGAGGCCGUCCGGCUCCAGGAACGGGUCGAGUGGCAGUACGAGGACAGGGGCACGUUCAGGCCCUUCAACCUCCACACCAACCUCACACUGGAGCGGGCCUUCGAGAACCAGCAGGUUCUCCUGAGAAUCUUCAUAAACGACAUCGAGCAUGAGGCCGACCUGGUCCGUAAAAAGGCCUGCGCUUGGGGAGAAGAGGUGGCUCUGAGGAGACGGGAACUGAGAGACGACUUUCAUGAGCCCAGGCCAUGAGGUCUCCUCCCCAGAGGAACUCUGGGAAAUAUGCAAAUGUGUACGACACUACCCACAUUACCUAACAGUGAAUCUCAGGGUAGCCCUCCCUGUGGAGCCCUGCACAGAAAUACCACCCAAACCACUCAGCUCCUUCUGAGAUUCAGCAGCUUCAGCUGCUCUAUAAAAUCAUAGUCUUUAAUCACCUGACAGCAAACAAGUUGUUAUUUAACACAAAAAAAUGAUCAUAAUUACAGGUAAAAUGUGAGUUAAACUGCACCAAUGAGUCUUUAUAAAUGAAUACCUUUAUCUUUCACUCAAAAUGUACACUGUCUGGUUUGUGAAAGCCAGUACAGGAAUUCUAUAUACGUACUGUGGACCAGUCCUUAUACUGUUUAUCUGUUACUGAUUGUUUGAAAUUGUCAUGUCACAUUUUGGCCUUGUGUUCCAUGUUCUGUUUGACAUCUUGAGAUGAGUUCACUCUGAAAGUGACCAAGAGAGGGACUAACAGCCCUUUUAGAUGUUUGCUUGUAUGAAAUGCCUUGAACAUGUUAUAUUAAACAUUUGAUUUCCUCACUGAAA